UCAUUAGAAAAGGAAACGUUAUUUGUGGCUCAAACAGACCAAAGACACACAUAUUAACUCCACAUAACCCAUGAUAUACUAACUUAUUCUGAAGGGUUGGGUGAUUAAGCUAUAUUUACUUUUUAAAUCUGAGCAGCUGGUUUGGAGGGCGGAGUAUUCGUAAAGUGCUGCUCCGAUUGGGGAAGAGAUGGCGUGCUUGUUGGAGUCCCCUCUCCGCAUCAGCGUGUUAUCUGAGGUCACAGCCACCAGCCGCCAUUAUGUUGACCGGCUGUUCCACCCCGAUCCACAGAAAGUGCUGCAGGGAGUCAUUGACAUGAAGAAUGCUGUCAUCGGAAACAACAAACAGAAAACCAACCUGAUUGUCCUGGGAGCUGUGCCCAGGUUACUGUACCUGCUCCAGCAGGGCUUAUCCAGCUCUGAGCUGAGGACAGAGGUGCUGGGCUCAGAACUGAGGACAGAGGGUGCGGUGGUGCUGGGCUCAGAGCUGAGUACAGAGUGUGCGGUGGUGCUGAGUACAGAGUGUGUGGUGGUGCUGGGCAGUCUGGCCAUGGGCACCGAGAACAACAUCAAGUCCCUGGUGGACUGUCACAUCAUCCCUGCUUUACUGCAAGGUCUCGUAUGUCCAGACCUGAUCUUCAUCGAGGCUUGUCUUCGCUGCCUCAGGACAGUCUUCAUCAGUCCAGUCACCCCAGUGCAGCUGCUCUACACUGACCCCACUGUGAUUCCCCACUUGAUGUCCCUGCUGAGUCGGUCUCCGCAGACGCAGGACUACACCACCCAGAUCUUCUCCCACUGCUGCAAGAGUCCAGAGCAUCAGACGGUUCUGUUUAACCACGGGGCGAUCCAGAACAUUGCUCCCAUGCUCAUCUCUCCCUCCUAUAAGGUACGUAUGCAGGCAUUAAAAUGCUUCUCAGUCCUGGCCUAUGAGAACAUUCAGGUCUCCAUGACAUUGGUGAAUGUGCUUGUUGAUGGAGAUCUGCUCUCUCAGGUAUUUGUCAGAAUGUUGCAAAGGGAUCAGCCCAUUGAAAUGCAGCUCACAGCAGCCAAGUGUCUAACAUACAUGUGUCGAGCGGGAGCCAUCAGAACAGAUGACAGGUGCAUUGUUUUAAAGACCCUGCCGUGCCUGGUGAGGAUGUGCAGUAAGGAGCGUCUGUUGGAGGAGCGUGUGGAGGGGGCAGAGACCCUGGCCUACCUGAUGGAGCCUGAUGUGGAGCUGCAGAGGAUCGCCAGUGUAACAGACCACCUAGUGGCCAUGCUGGCUGACUACUUCAAAUACCCCAGCUCUGUCAGCGCCAUCACUGACAUCAAGAGGUUGGAUCACGACAUGAAGCAGGCACAUGAGCUGAGGCAAGCUGCCUUCAAGCUGUACGCCUCACUGGGCUCCAACGAUGAAGACAUCCGCAAGAAGAUCACAGAGACCGAGAACAUGAUGGACAGGAUAGUGAGCGGCCUGUCAGAAUCCAGCAUCAAGGUGCGGCUAGCAGCCGUCAGGUGUCUUCACAGUCUGUCCCGGUCAGUCCAGCAGUUGAGGACUAGUUUUCAUGACCACGCAGUAUGGAAACCCCUUAUGAAGUUGUUACAGAACGCUCCAGAAGAGGUGCUGGUCAUGGCCUCUUCUACACUAUGCAACCUGCUGCUGGAGUUCUCACCCAGCAAAGAGGUGAGACUGGCAGCAAUACAACACUACUAG